GCAUCCUCGAGCCGCUCGUACUUCCGCGUUUGUGCGAUUAGGCGGAGACCAAGCGGCCGGUAAGCAAGCACCGAGCUAAAGGAUCCGGGCGGCUCCGUUUGCCAUUCAUUCGGAAGAAAAAGGAGUACAUACAUCGCGGAAAAAACAAGCGGACAACCAUGUCGUACGAACUGAAGCAAGUGUUCGCCAGCCUUCCGCAGAUGGAAAGGGGCGUGGCCAAAGUUAUUGGCGGGGACCCGAAGGGAAACAACUUCUUGUACACUAACGGGAAGAGCGUCAUCAUCAGGAAUAUUGAUAAUCCCUCUAUUGCCGACAUCUACACAGAGCAUCCUCACCAAGUCAUCGUCGCUAAAUACGCUCCCAGUGGCUUCUACAUUGCCUCAGGAGAUGUCUCCGGUAAGAUACGUAUCUGGGACACGACCCAGAAAGAGCACUUGCUGAAGUACGAGUAUCAACCUUUUGGAGGGCAGAUAAAGGACAUCAGCUGGACGGAGGACAGCAAGCGUAUCGCUGUGGUGGGAGAGGGACGAGAGAAGUUUGGCGCAGUUUUCCUGUGGGACUCUGGCUCCUCUGUGGGCGAGAUCGCCGGCCACAGUAAGAUCAUUAACAGCGUGGACAUUAAACAGACCCGGCCGUACAGACUCGUCACAGGCAGCGAUGAUAACUGCACCACCUUCUUCGAGGGGCCGCCCUUCAAAUUCAAGUGCACCACCAGCGAUCACAGCCGUUUUGUGAACUGUGUUCGUUUCUCGCCAGAUGGAAACCGUUAUGUUUCAGCGGGAGCCGAUGGACAGAUUUUCAUCUACGAUGGAAAGACGACAGAAAAAAUCGGAUCACUGGGAGGAGAUAAAGCUCACGAUGGCGGGAUUUACGCUGUGAGCUGGAGUCCCGACAGCACGCAGCUCAUCUCUGCCUCUGGUGACAAGACUGUCAAACUAUGGGACAUGGCGAGCGGCACCGCAGUGACCACUUUUAAACUGGGCAAUGACGUUCUGGAUCAGCAGCUGGGUUGCCUGUGGCAGAAGAAUCACCUCCUGAGCAUUUCACUGUCCGGCUACAUCAACUACCUGGAUAAGAAUAACCCCAACCAGCCCAUUCGCACCAUUAAGGGCCACAGCAAGUCCAUUCAGUGUUUGACUGUACAUAAAGAAGAUGGCCGGAACGUCAUUUACUCUGGCAGCUUCGACGGACACAUCAAUUACUGGGACGCUCAGAGCGGCGAGAACAACGGGCUAAAAGGAAAAGGGCACACCAACUCCGUGGUCAGGCUCAAUGCGGACGACUCCGACCGUCUGGUGAGCUGCAGCAUGGACGAUACGAUCCGCUUCACCGACCUGAAAAAGAAGGAGUACAGCGCUUCUGACGUGAUAAAGAUGGACACUCAGCCGAAGUCCGUGUCUGUCGGAUCAGGAGGCUUGUCUGUAGCCGUGUGCAUUGGACAGGUGGUGCUGAUGAAAGACAGGAAGAAAGUGUUCACUCUGGAUAAUUUGGACUAUCAGCCAGAAGUGGGCACAGUUCACCCCGGGGGUGGCACCGUGGCAGUGGGCGGAGCUGACGGAAAGGUUUAUCUGUACACAGUCCAGGGGAACACCUUGAAGGCUGAUGGUAAGGUCCUGGACACCAAUGGCCCAGUGACUUAUCUGCAGUAUUCCAGAGACGGGGCUUUCCUCGCUGCCUCAAACGAGAAGAAAGUCAUUGUGGUUUACACCGUUGCCGACGGUUACGAGGUUAAGAACGAGUUCUACGGGCAUCACGCCAAAGUCGUCUGUCUGUCUUGGAAUCCUGAUAACGAUCACUUUGCUUCUGGUGGCAUGGACAUGAUGGUGUACGUCUGGGCCAUCUCUGAUCCCGAGAAGAGGAUCAAAAUUCCUGAUGCUCACCGGUUGCACCAUGUCAGCAGCUUGGCCUGGCUGGACGAACACACGCUCGUCACGACCUCUCACGACGCCUGCGUGAAACAGUGGACGAUAAAAAUCUAAGCACUCUCUCGCACACGCACUUGCAGGAUUAGCAGGGACAAGGACGGCUGUAUGGAGUCUUUCCUUCUCUCUCACUCAGACUUGUGUGCUCACUCUCUCGUUCUCUCCCUCUCUGUUUGUUUUUUAAGGGUCGUGCGCAAGUAAUCUCAGCAGCCUUUCUGUGUAGGUGUGUGUAUGUGUGUGAGUGGCCUCUGCCUUUCUGCCUUCAGUUGGUUAAAACGCUCCUUCUCUCUCAUGUUUAUGAAAGGUGUGACAUUCCAGAGGCGCCAGAGUGAGACCUCCAUCUGGCCAACAUGCAGUGUAUGUGCACGCACAAACACACACACACAUUUGUGCAGUUACAGUGUGUGUGUAUAUAAAUAAAUAAAAAAAUAUACACAGAUUGUAGCACAACUCCUGAUCUAACACCAUGGAUCUGACACUUUUUCUUUUUAAUAAAAAAAAAAAAAAACACCAGGUGGAGGUUUAGCUUUAGCUCUCUCUCUCUCUAUCUUACUUUGUCUCGCGCUUAUAUGAUGGACCGUGGUCUGUUUCUGCAUUCUGCUCUGAGGAUGUGUGUUUUUGUUCAGGGAGCAAUAACAGGUUGUAAAGCAGAAAUGGAACAGUCCAGAGAUGUACUGAAACGUAUGUAUGUUGGGUGUGUGUGUAUGUGCGUGUGUGUGUGAGAGAGACACUGGUGUCCUCUGUCUCUGUCACUAUGAGUAUGACUGUUGUGUUCAUAAAAGCCUCCACUUUUUCACAGGAGUGGAUGUGAUUCAUACUAAUUAUGAUAAUAAAUGAUGGAAAUAAAGCUGAACACUUUUUAUGCA